AUGCACACUUUUGGAUCCCCACAAAAAAUCCUCUUCAGACAUCAAAAUAAAGAAGCAGAAUCUUUUUAUACCUUACAUGGAGAGGAGGAAUUGCCAUUGUAUUUGUGUCCCAAACGUGGAUACAUUGGUAUAACAACAACAAUCUCGUUCCCUUCUGGGGGAACUAUUGGUUCAUGUAAUGGAAUUUUCUGUUUGCGGACUAAAAAAGGUUUUACCCUAUGCAACCCUUCAAUCAAGCGCAAACUAAACAUGCCUGAAUUUCCUCGGAGAUCUGAAUCCUUUUCGUUGCAAGGUAUUGGGUUUGGAUUCGAUCCAAUCAGUGAUGAUUACAAAAUUGUCCGGAUAUCAUAUGUCAAAAACCAUUCAUUUGUUUAUGCUGUGAAGAGUGGCACUUGGUGUGAGAUUGCUUCCCCUAAACAUGAAAAUCAGAUUUGUAGUGUGCAACAUGAUGCCUUGUUUUUCAAUGGAGUGUUGUGUUGGGUGAUACAUGUUUAUCAAACAGAACCAAAAGACAUAUGCAUUUGUUGUAUACUAACAUUCGAUUUGAGCACUCAUGUUUUUGGUAUGAUUCCAUUGCCUACAUCCAAUGGACAUUGGAUUACGACAGGACUAACAACCAUCCAAGGUGAACUUUAUGUUCUUGGAGCUUUGCAAUUGCAACCGCAACCGACCAACAAUGAUGAUUUGUUGCUAAAUACUCAUUCUCAUGGGCUCCAAGAUUAUAAUCGCAAGACGGGGGUGCUAUCAAGAGUAGGCGACUUCAAUGAUGCUUCAAGUUUAUGUUACUUUUAUCAGUGUGUCGAAACCCUUCAUUUGUUAGACAUGGGGGAGACUAUGGGUGAAACGGAAGAACUAUGA